UAUAAUAUUUCCACCUCUAUAAAUAUUCUCCCAACAUACCAUUAUAUAUACAUAUAUAACAGCAUCUACUAUGCAUUGGUCAUUCACCUGUUGAAUAUAUCUAAGCAAGUUAUGCUGUUUGAAGAACAUCAAUUAUAAAACCAUGGAGGGCAGCAAGAAUGAAAUCCUAGAUUACACUGAUGAGGAUGGUCCAUACAUUGAAAUAGAGCUCGAUACUGCAGUUACCACCACAAUUCACACUGAUGAUGACAGCAAGAACAAUUGUAUGGAUGAUGAUGUAGAAAUAGAACAACAAGAGGAGGAAUACAAACUGCGCAUUUCGAUUUCAUCAACCAUUUCUGUUUCACUUCAAAAUGAGAGUAUAGUAAGUGUUCAUAGCGAUGCAAAUGGAGCUGAUGAUACAAGAACUUGUGCAGAUAAUUCACAGGCAACAAUGUCCCCGCAGACGCAGCAUUCUGGUGUUAGCUAUACAGAUGAAGUUGAAUUUCCUGCACAGAACAAGCUGCUCAGUAGUGUCUCAUUCAGUCCGUGGCAAAGUCCUCAUCUUGAUGGCCAAACAACGAUAUUAGGAACAAAUUCAACCCGCGUGAUCCCUUACGACAAUGUGGAUGUACUAUAUGCUCCUAGAAAACAACCAAGCAUGACAACGACAAGAACAACAACAGCGAAUGGAAUCAUGAUGACAUUAUUGAUCAAAUUUAGAGGUAUAAAAAUCAGAUCACUCUUUGCAUCACUCAUAAAACCAAUACAAAAUUGCAAAAGCAACAACUCUAGCAAAAAGUCCAUAACAUUUUUUCAAUGUUAUCAAAAGGAAAUGGUGAAUGCCUCAAUUGGAAGGGAUAGUAAGCAUUGGAAUUUAGAGGAUACCACCUCUUUGAGAAAGAGUAAAAAAAUGAUGGAGAUGGAUUUUGGAGCAUUUAAAGGUGUAUUCAAUGGCAUAGGUGGAAUGAGUAGAAGAAGAUCAAAAAGAAGAACAGAUGCUUCAAGUUCAUGUAACAACUCACCAAUUCAUGAAGGAUAUUCAAAAGACAACUCUAUUCAAGCAGCUAUUGCUUAUUGUAAAAGUUCAUUUGGUCAAACAUCUGAUUUCACAUUCACAACUUCAAUUACUUCUACUCCUUCUAGGUUUGUAGCAUAUUCUGAUUGAUUGAGAGGAACUAAAAUUCAAUAUGUUCUUUUCAUCAUGUAUCAAAUCAUACUAAACAAAAUUAUGAUGCAACUUGCAAGCUGAAUGUGUAAC